CUGUGUUAAAUUUAAAGAAAGAUUUUAUUUAUUUUUCUAUCAUACAUAUAAAUAGAAAUAUUAUCUUUAUAUAGAAAAUUAUGGUUAUCAUACGUAUAAAUUAUACAAAGAUUUAAAACGUGAUGAUAUAUAUCUUGUUGGCAUACGUUUACGAGAUAUAUCGAUUUGGCAAUUAAAAAAUCGACAACGACAAACAAAAUCAACUUAUAUUUGGGAUCAAAUUGAACGAAUAGCUUAUGAUAAAAAAUCAUUUUCUAUUAUACUUAAACGUCAAAUAAAUGAAGAAAAAAUUAAAUAUUUAACUAAUAAUAGUAAAAAAGGAAAAUAUUUAUUUAAUUUAUGCUAUGAUACAUAUACGUAUACAAAAUCACUUCUUCUUCGUCAUAAUAGUCGAUAUAGCUUAUUAAAUGAACCGAUUGGUGAAAUUGACUUUGUUCGUAAUGGUUCUGAUGCCGAAAGUGUUGAUCAGAAUCCUGAUCAUAGUCGAUCACAAUCACAUGAAAAUUUAAGUACAUUAGGAAAAAAUACAACAAUUAAUUCACCUUCAAUUAUUGUCUAUGAAGUUGAUUUAUAUAAAGAUAGUAAUAAUAGUUUUGGCAUGUCGCUUAUGGGUGAUUUAGCAUCUGGAAUUUUUAUUAAAUCAAUUCAACCAAUUGAUGGAAGUGCAGCACGAUCAGGAAAAAUUCAAACAGGUGAUCGACUUUUAUCAUACAAUGGAAAAAAUGUUAAUAGUAUGACUGUACAAGAAGUAGCUGAGGCUCUUAGUCUAUCACCAAAUCCUUGUCGAUUAAAAUUAUCAAGACAUCAAAUUCCAACAAUAAAUCGACGAGAUUAUUUACAACGACCAAUGAGUGUUGAUGCUGAUUCUUUUUUGCAACAACAAAAACAUAAUAAACAUCUAUCAAAUACUUUACCAACAACAUCGUCACAUGAGAAUUUUUCAAAUUUUUUAUCAUCAAAACGUGGUCUAUCGAAUGAAAGUAUUCUUACACAAGCAUCCGAUCUUUCAACUACACAUGAUAUAAAAAGUGCUGUAUUUCCUGUAACUAUUGAUAAAUCGGGUCAUAAUAGUCUUGGUUUUCUUGUUGUUGGUGGUCUUGAUUCAGAAAUUGAAGAUCAUGGAAUUUAUGUUAAGAGUAUAACACCGGGUGGUGCUGCUUCGAAAUCAAAAUUAUUAAUAGAAGGUGAUAAAAUUCUUGAAGUAAAUGGUGCUUCAUUAGCACGUGUAACACAUGCUGAAGCUGUGGAAUUAUUUCGUCGAGCAACAGGACCUAAAUGUCAUUUACUUGUUCAACGUCUUAUUUUUCCACAUAAUUUACGUUUAUCAUCAACAAAUAAAAUGUAUCCAUUUGCUCGUUCAGAGAAUACAUUUGAAGUUUAUCUAAAUCGUGGUCCUACUGGUUUAGGUCUUAGUUUAUCAGGUGGAGUAGCUGAAAAUAGACCUGUUGAAAUUAUUGAUAUUUAUCCAAAUCAACCAGCUGCUUUAUCAGGUCAAUUAAAUAUUGGUGAUAUUGUUUUAUCAAUUAAUGAUGUUACUAUGCAUAAUCGAAAUGUUCGAGAUAUACCACCGAUAAUUGCUGAAUCACCAGAUAAUGUUAAACUUGUUGUUUGUCGACCCGAUCGUCAAGAAUAUCAAGCUUAUAUGGAUCAUCAAAUGAAUAGUCUUAAUCAGUCAGGUCGACAAACUAUACCUGGAUCAAUGAAUAAUGAACAAACUCGACUUCCAAAUGAACCACUUCGUGAUUUACCACCAAAAUCACCUGGUAGUAGACGUGUUAUGCCAAAAGUGCCAACAAAAAUUAAACGCGGUGAGGUGUUUGCCGUGAUAAUGAACAAAGAAAAAGAUAGUGGUUUUGGUUUUACAUUAUCAGCAGGCUCGACAUCGAUUGGAUAUCCACAUAUUCGAUCGGUAUUACGUGAACCUGCUCUAUCAGCUGGAUUAAAACAUUGGGAUCGUAUUUUAGCAAUAAAUGAUUCAGAUUGUCAAACAAUAACACAUCGUGAUCUUGUUGCACAUCUUCGUUAUGCACCAACAGGUCCUGUACAUUUUAUUAUUUAUCGACCACGUAUUGAUGAAAUUGUACAUGCAAAAGAAAAAAGUCGACAAUUACAAAAUACAUCAUAUACAUCAAUAAGCGUUGGCGAUCAAUCUGUAACAAGUAUUUCAGCUCCACCAUCACCUGUCAUGCCUAUUAAAUCUAAUAAAUCUGAAUUGUUUAAUCAACCAGUGCAAUAUGAAAAAAUAGAAAUAUCAUUGCCAAAAGCUUCUCAAGGAACAUAUGGUAUUGGACUUAGUCAAAUCGAUCCUGAACAACUAUUUGGUGGUAUAUUUAUAUGUGCUCUUCAACCAAAUGGAAUUGCUGCAAAAGAUGGACGUUUACAAAUUGAUGAUCAAUUAUUAUAUAUUAAUGAGCGUAAUAUUAAUCAAAUGACUUAUCGUGAAGUUGUCGAAACAUUAAAAGCAACGACAAAGAAAGGUGUUAAUUUGAUAAUUGCUAGACCAAUAGUAGAUUCUUCGACAUCGAAUAAAGCAAAUAUCAUUUCAAACAAAGAAAUUUCAAUGAUACAUUAUGAAACCUCAAUACCUGCAGCAACAUCAUCAGCUAUUGCUUCAUCAGUUAUUGAAAAAUUAAUACCACGUGAAAAACCAAAAUUACUUCCUUUAACAAAUACUGAAAAACCACAAGCACCAGCUGCUACUACUACUACUUUUGCACCUGAUUCUAUUGACAUAUCAACAUCAUCAUCAUCUACAACGGGAGCUGUUGUAGCUUCUGUUGAUGCACCAUCAUCUUUACCACCAAAUUCUGCAUUACAAGCUCUUAUUGGUAAAAAAGUUCAACCAUUACCAUCAACUAAUUUCGAAACAAUAGCAGAUGAAAAUCAAUUAACUAACGAUAAGAAAAAAGAUUCUCCAGUUUCAUAUACAGAUAUUGAUGAAGAUACAAGUGAUAUAACAACACCAUUAAUGAGUCCUCAAUCACCUGUAGCACCGUUACCAACAGUUCUUGAAUUAAAACUACCACCAACAAAUUCAAAAUCAUUAUCAACAUCUCAAUCAAAUGAAAUUGCUAAACGAAAACAAUAUUAUCAACAAGCUGCAUCAAAUGAAACAUUAAUACUUAAUGCUGGUGUUGCUGAAAAAAUUGAAGAUUUAACUAUGCAAUUAAUUGAUAAAAUUAGUACACCAGCUAUAACAAUGGAUACAACAACACUAAUGGAUGAAUAUCGUGAAAUUGACAUGAAAAUUGAUGCGGAUGAAUAUUUAGAAGAAUUUCGAGCAUUAAAAACUAUUAAUGAACAUGAACCAAUUGAAUUAACUUCUAUACCAAUGCAACCUGAAAAUAAAACAUUAAAUCGUUUUCAAAAUAUAGUUCCAUAUGAUUUUAAUCGUAUUAUACUUUCAACAAAACCAGAUUAUAUUAAUGCAAGUCAUAUAGCAAUACCAUUUGGAGAUAAAUCAAUGAAAUAUAUUAUUUCCCCACCACCAGUACCUGAUAGUAUCAAUGAUUUUUGGCAAAUGAUUGUCGAACAACGUGUUAAAUCUAUCAUUGGAAUAUUUAAUGAACAAGAUUUAAAAAAAAUGAAAUGUCCUGCUUAUUGGCCAACAACUAUGAAAGCAACAAUGACACUUUCACCAUUUUUAUCUUUAACACUAAUCAAACAUCGUCAAUUCAAUGGCGGUAUUGAUAUAAAAGAAUUUCGUAUUCGUACUAAUGAACAAUCACAUGAGAAACAUGAACAUUCAGUUAUAUUUUUAACAUAUACGAAAUGGCCUAUGGAUGAUAAUAUUCCACAUGAUACACAAUCAUUUCUUAGUCUUAUACAUUUAGCACAUUCAUAUCAAACAAGUGAUACACCAUUAUUGAUUCAUUGUAAUACAGGCGUUGGACGAACAGGAUGUACAUUAUUAAUAAGUUUACUUUUAAUUAGAAUAAUACGUGGAAUAACAGUAGAUAUUUAUCCAAUGGCUAAAGAAUGUCGACGUCAACGUUGUGGUCUUAUUCAAACUGAACAACAAUAUCGAUUUAUUUAUGACUGUGCACGUGAUGCACUUAAUAUGGCUAUCGAACAUUCAAUCAUGCAAAGUGCACAAUAA